CUGAAGAUGUUCCUAUGCCGGCUGGCCGUGGGCGACUACUCCAGCUUGCACAACCGCACCAACGGCGUCAAGAAUCCUGGAUGUACCCUCAUCGAACUAGUGCCACAAAUAAAAGAUGCCUGCCUAAAGAAAGUCCACAAGCGCACCAAGACAUUAGCUAAGGCCCAAUUGGAGUUGUUUCAUAUGGACGGGUCGGAGGAGUCGCGCAACAUGGCCAAGCGCCUGCUGGAGUCCUACACCAGCGACGCCGCACUCGCGCUGGACAGCGGCGGCGCUAAGUGCGCUAAAUGUGGAGACAAGGCCACUAAGAAGUGCUCCAGAUGUAAGACUGAGUGGUAUUGUGGCAGGGAAUGCCAAGUGCAACAAUGGCCGAAGCACAAGGAGAUAUGCGAUCAGUUUGCUAAGAUUUGUGUGUAAAACUAUUAUUGGUAUCAACAAUAUAUAAAAUGCGCUUGUUCAGCGUACGUACAAGUUAGUUAGAUACGAGUGACUAGACAAAAUAAUGUUUGUAUGGAAUGUUUGCUUUGUUUAAUGUAACUUUAAUUAUGUCCUAUUUAUGAUUCUUAUUUAAAUAAAAAUGAAUAACAG